ACAGCACCAUUUUCUGCCGUUGUACAACUAGCCAGUACCUAAUCCUUCUGCCUGCCAGUGUGCAUAUCCCACACCCGCCAAGCAGCGCAAGUGCGUACGCUACCGCGAUAACAUCUAGCCGCGUGAUUCGCUGGAUCCUCUGGAAUGAUCGUCUUAGCCCAGGUCGCCUUUGGACCACAAAACUGAUACACGCACGUCACGUGCUGCAAUGACACGGUGUCUGCAGCGUCGCGAGAAUUUCCCGCCCCUAAAACCCGCCUCCUCGCUAAGCUCUCGACCGUGGAACCACCGCCGGCACGUGCGUGCCAGCUCAGCGCUCAUCUGUAGAUGCAUGAACGGAUAUUUCGACGCGGGAUGAGAUGCUCAGGUCGCGCGUGCGGGUUCGUCGUUUGGAGAGGAGAGAAGAGAAGAGAAGAGCCGCUUAAUUAUGAACCUUCGAGUCGUGGCCUUCGAGUCUUUGCGUCUUGGCACCACCUCUCCUCACAGCGAAUCUCACUCCAUCAGCCAUUUCCGAUCCACGCCCUAGUAAACUCCACGUUUUAGUAUCUCACAUGAAACUCGAAUAGGAGGGUCACCACCACAAUCACGACGACCGAUACACCGCGAUUAGAAGAAUCCAGAGCAGCGGCAAUGGCGGAGGAACACCGCAGAGGCGCCAUGGAAGACCUUGCCGCGGACAUUCCGCUUCCCCACGCCUCGUCUGCGCAUGCCGCCAUCCCCAGAGUCCCGUUUCCAGAGUCCGCUUCCCUCGGCGGCGGCGGCGCUACCCCGUCGGGCCGACGUGGCUUCUCGUCAAAUCUUCCCCGGCGCCUCCCUUCGCGCCCGUUAAGCAUCACACUUAGAACGCCGUCGCUACCGGAUUUCACCAAGGUUAAUCUCGCUGGCGGUUGCCAUAGUAGCGGUAAUAAUGGCGGAGUCGAUUCCCCCAGUUGCCGCCCUUCCCCCAGCAACCCCUUCUCGCCGCCCCUUUCCGCCGCUUCCUCCGCAACCGCCAGCCCCGACGUCUUCUGCGGCUCUUCCGCCUCCCCGUUCUCCGCCUCCCCGUGCUCCGCCUCUGCCGCGGUCAUGUACUCCCCCGGCCCCGUCUCCGCGCCGUCCGCGUCGACCCACAGCGCGUGGCGCAGCGGAGCGCAGGAGGAGGCAGAGGGGUCGCGGCUCCGCAGGAGCCGCUCCAGCGGAGCAGGCGCUAUUGCCGCCGCCGCCGGCGGCGCAAGUGUUUGGGCGGAUCGCGGCGGGAGCUCGGGUCGGCAGCCGCGCCGUGUAAAAAAUCUCCCGUGCGGCUCGGAGCCGCCGCCUUUGCAGCGGACGGAGGUCGUGAUCGUGCGGCGCGGGGAGCGAAACCGAGCCGCUGCGGAGUACGGAACUGUUCCGGCGCUAGUAGCUUCCCCGAAGUACGGAACCGCUCCGCCACCCUCUCCAAGGGGGACCGUUGGCGGGCCCCCAACAGGGGCGCAGGGGGGCAUUUUCAGAAGCGCAUCUUGCGACGGCAAUAAUCACAGCUGCAAUGAUCAUGCUACCACAGCUGCUGCUAAUAGUAGUUGUGCUAGUACUUCUAGUGCUGGCGCCACGGAUUGCGGGAGCCUCAAACCGCUUCCUGGCUGGCCGCCAGUAGCAUCACCUUGCGCCGCCGGCAGACUCGGAGCUGCUGCUGGUGGUGAAGACGUUCCGAGGCGAGCGCAUUCCGCUGCCGCGUUGUCGUCAAGGCAAGGCGGCAAGCCAGCGUCGUUCCCCAGAAGCCGCUCCUCGAAUAGCGUUCGAAGCGUUCCCCCGAACGCCGCCGCGGCGGACACGGCGGGCCCGACGGCGGCGGCGGCGGCGGCGGCGGUGGCGGCGAAGGGCAGGUUGGCGCGGCGGCAGUCGUCCAGCGACGAGCUCUCGAGCACGUCUUGUCGCCGAGAACUCGAGCGGCUCUCCGCCACGUGGCUGGUCCAGCCAACGCCGUCGGUUGCGGAAAGCUGCGCUUCCGCCUCCUUGGGGGCGUCUCGUUCCGCCACGGCGGAGGCUUUUUCCGACUCGUCCGAUUCCGACGACGAGUUCGUGCAGCUCUACGGGGUCGCCGCCAAGCAGCGCGCAGCCGCCGCCGCCGCCGUCGCCGUCGCCUCCGCCGCGGGCGCGCUCGGUCCGCGCGCCAGCAUCAUAAGCGGAAGGGGCAGCCGCGCGCUGCUGGCAAGCAGCGGGCCCGGGCCGUUCAGCGGCAGGGGGAAAGCGCCGCAAGCCGCGGACGGGCGCGCGGGGGGCGAGCGGCAAUUCUCUGACGAGUUCCCCAUCCGCAGCGUUCCGGAGCACGCGGCGGUCACGGGCGACGACGGCCGCGCGGAUGCCGCUGACGGAACGCGCGCGGGGGGCCUCCGCCGUGAGGGCGCGCGCUCCGCGGAGCUGCAGCUGGAGGGCGCGGGGGAGGGCGCGGGGCCCAGCGUGGGCGCGGGGGGCGCGGGGGGCGGGGGGGGCGCAGGUAACUCCCCGCGCCUGGCAGGUGGCGAAUGCUCCUCAUGGGGCAUGUUGCCGUUGCCGAUGCCGAUGCCUCGGUCGCCGUCCAGCCCUUGCCUGAGAGAGUUGCGAGCCCGUGCUGAUGGCGCCGCAUCCUCUCCCUUCACUGCGCCCAUCGCUUCUCCUCAAGUCAAGAGCCAGGGUCUCCUGCAGCUGCAGCAGAAGCAGCAGCAGCAGACGCAGACGCAGCAGACGCAGCAGCAGCAGACGCAGCAGCAGCAGACGCAUCAGCCGAUAAAACAGCAGCAGCAUGUGUCGCCAAGUCGCAAGGCAAUGUUGAGGGGGGAGGGGGCUGUGCACCGGAGCUCGACAGGGAGAGUGAAGAGUGAGGCAGAAGUAAAGCGAGGGGGGGAGAGGCACCUCAGCCCGGAGCAGGCGCAGGGGGAGUAUGUGCGACAGUGGUGGCUGCAGCAGCAGCAGCAAGAGCAGCAGCUACAACAGCAGCAGCAGCAGCUUCAGGAGAAGAAAAUGACUGAGGCGCCACCAAUGCCGCCGUCGGUGCAGCAGCAGCAGAGGAUGCAGGCCAUGGGGCAGACUCAGAGGCGGCGGCGAAACAUGUCGAAUGACGAGCUGCAGGCGCAGGUUGAGUCGCUAGAGGCGCAGCUGAAGCAGCUUCAAACGGAGCACCUUCUGCAGCAGGAGCAGGCGAAGCAGCAGGAGCAGAUGCCGCAGGACGCCCAGCAGAGGAGGCUGAGUCAGCAGCGGCAGCCAGAACACAAAGAGGAGGGGGGUGGGAAUGGUAAAGGAGAAUGGCACGUGCAUGCACACAAGGGGGAGGAAGAGGAGGAGGGGGGGGGAGAGGGAGAGGAGGAGGAAAUGGAGGAGGGUGAGCAGCAGCGACUGCAGGUGCGGCAGCAGCAUCAGAAGGAGUGGCAGAGAAUGGAGCUGAUGGUGCAGAAGGAGCAGGUGCAGAGGCAGGAAGAGGCGUGGCAGGAGGAGCAUCAGGAGAGGGUCAUGGCAAGACGCGCACCGCAGAGUCCUAUCUGCCUGAGUUUACAGAGGCGACACGAGGUCCGUUCCUUCAAAACGCAGCAGCAGCAGCACCGCUCACAAGUUGAGAAAGCUGGUGAUCGAGCGAUUGUUGCCUCUCCUAACGCACAGGAACAUUUCGAUGCAAGGGUGUUGCGCACCACUAGCUUGGACACUGCUGGUAUUAAAAAGUAUGCCAAGAUUCACAAUUCUUGGGGCACGGAGUUCUGUCUUCGGAGUCUUUCACCUCCUGGGAUGACAGAAUAUUUUGUUCCCAAGAGCCCUACGCCGGGGCAAAAGAAGGUGACACACAGGAGGAGAGUGAGCUUCAGCUCCACAAUCGACUUUAUAUCUGAGGAUUGCCCCCCUUAAUCAAGCCCUCUACUUAGUUUUUGCUUCUCCAAGGAGUUGAGGCAUUGUAUGUGAUUGUGGGCAUCUGAUUAAUUGUCAUCUUUUAAGUGAUUUGAAAUGCUUUUCUUGUAUCUAACU